AUGGAUGAAUCAAACGAAAGACAAAUUUGUUACCUAAAAUGUGUUAUAAAGUCAGGACGUCUCGAAUUUGAAUGGUCCAUUACUACGCCGUCGAAAUGGGACUGGAUAGGACUUUAUGAGGAUAAGAGUAAAGAAAAUACCGAUUGGCUCAAUGGACAUUGGUUUUAUAUAUCCAGACACAGCCAUUGUGAGAUUUCACCCGAUGGCCGAUAUACUUUUACUGGUUCACAUUGGAUUGGAACCGUAUCCAGCCGAAACCAAAUCCGAUUAAAUACAUACGAAUCUCAUAACGUGUAUAAAACUUAUGCACACGCGAACGUACACAGUCCGGAUUUUGCACAUUUUGACAAGUCUCGCGUACAUUAUGUCCAAAAAAGUUUACAACACAUAUUUGCUCAUCACAAGACCGAUUGGGGAUUUGCUAUAAACGAUAAUUGGAAUCGUCAGAAUCGGAGAAAACUCAUAAAAACACUUACAGAAUUUGUUCACAGAAAUGCAGAUGAAAUCAACGUUUACAUUGGAACGUAUAGAAAUGAAAAUGCAUAUCUUGUAGUAGACCCCAUAUCGUAUCAAUGUCUUAUAGUUUAUCGCGGAGGGGAGAGAGAUUAUUCCAUAUGGUCUGGAUGGAUACUCAGCAAAAAGCAAUACAGAUAUAUUACAAGUCCACCAUACAGCUUAAAGGCGACCGUACUUUUAGUAUACGAAGACAUACUCGAACAAAUUGCCAAUUCCGAAGGCGAACGUGAUGAUUUAAUUAAACGAUAUUUAAAAAUAUAUCUCCGUGAUGAGAAUUGGUAUGACGAAGAAGUAUAUGAUACAAAUGCAGACUUUUUUUAUCUCGCCGAAAGCUAUGUUCCAUUGUCAUUUGAAGGAAGGGAAGAAAUGACUCACAAUUACGAACUUGACUUUGAAAAAGUUAGGGAAAAGGCGAGAACGCUUCUGGCAGAGCUUGAAAAGGUUACACAUUGA